AAAUCUUUAGCUUACCAACAUGCAUUGCCACAAACACACAAACACAUAGAGAGUAUUCCAAGCAGAAAACAAAAACACCCCAAUUCUUCAAAUGAAUUACUCUACUUUUGAUUCUCCAUACUCCAAUUUGUCACCUGAAUCUUCGUUUGGAUCAUCAUUUUCUUGGGAUGAUGGUCUUAAAUUUGGCAACAAUUCCCUUCCUUUCAAUGAAAAUGACUCGGAAGAAAUGCUUCUCUACGGUCUGAUUUCCGAGGGCACCCAAGAAAUCACAUCAAGCGUCUCUGUUUUUGCAAACCCAAUUAAAGAAGAGGAGGUGAGCUCCGCAUCUGAAGAAGAAAACCUGAAAAAGGAAAAGUCCUACAGAGGGGUUCGGAGGCGGCCGUGGGGCAAGUUUGCUGCAGAAAUAAGAGACUCCACUAGACAUGGCAUAAGGGUGUGGCUAGGCACAUUUGACAGUGCUGAAGCCGCAGCUCUUGCCUAUGAUCAAGCUGCCUUUUCCAUGCGAGGCUCUGCGGCGGUUCUCAAUUUUCCAGUUGAAAGAGUCCGCAAAUCGCUUAGGGAGAUCAAUUAUGGUACCUCAGAUUUGGAAGGUUGUUCGCCGGUGGUGGCUCUUAAGCGAAAGCACUCCAUGAGAAGGAAAACUGGGAACACGAAAAGUAAAGUGGACAGAGAUGUGAGGAUAGAGAAUGUGGUGGUGUUUGAAGACUUGGGAACGGAUUACUUGGAAGAACUGUUAAAUUCAUCCGAGAGUACAAGUACGAAUGCCACUCCUAAUUGGUGAAUUAACCAAAACGGCAAAUUUAUCUUUGUUGAAUUAUCUGUUUUUUUGUUUGUUCGUUUUUCUUAAUCAAUCUCUUUUGUAAUUGUAUGAACCAUGAUGUCCAAUCUUUUGUUUUUGCUGUAAAGUUUGCAAAAAGAUAAAAGGUUACGUAUUAA